UAAAAAAACAACGAAACCUAAAAAUUCAAAAAGUUUAAAACGUAAAAGACUAAAACAUAUAUGAGGUUUGUUACCUUGGAAAAUUUACUAGAGCAGCUGGUGGAUAUAGGGAUGGAAACACAAUGCAAAUUGAUGAGUAGAUUGAUUUGUCUAGUGUUGAUGCUGCUCGUUUCAACAGCUAAUACGAAUAGAACCUUUUCAACAACGAAACAUGUGAAAAUUGAUUUGCCCAACAAAAUGAGCGAUGAAUUUCUAGUCGAAUGCUCAAGUAUUUUAUUUGAACCAGUGUAUACUAUUGGUAUGGAUGUGGACUCCAUUAUUAAUGCAUUCGCUAAAUUAAAAUACCGUCGUGUAGAAUUUACGUUGUAAAAAAAUUAUAAUCAUUAUAUUUUUUUACUAUUCUAAUUUUCUAAUAAAAUGCGGACCAGUGCACUUCUCUGUUCUGGAUCCGCCGCUUUCGUAAGAGGCGACAAAGAAAAGUAUGAGGGUUUCAACGCUUUUUGCAAGGCAUCUGAUCAUACAGUUCAUUGUAGGGAGCCAAUCCUUUGAUUGUAUUGCAUGUUUAGUGUUUUACUGGAGAUCUUUUGUGGAGUCGUAAAGUUCAAAUUCAAGAUGGUGAAACGCAUAUUGAUCAUUCUCCAAAUCCCUUACCUUUUUAUAAAUUAUGCAUGGAAAGAAGCCAGCUUCUAAACAGAAAACAGAUGCAACUAAAGGAUUUAAAAUUAUAGGAAGAAGCGAAAAUCAGUAUGAAUUAGCUGAAAGAUUUUCGAGCCGUCGUUCGAUGACAUCUGGCUCCUGCCGUACAAUAAAUUAUAAAAAAUGUCCAUUUGAUACUUAAGCAAAUAGACGUUUUUCAUAAGUGUCCUUUGAUAUUGUGUAGAGAAUUAGUUGGAUCAUACAUUUAUUGUUGAAAAAUAACAUACAUAAAAUUCAUCAAUCCUAAAUUACUUUCUUAAAUAAAUUUUUAUUGAUUGGUCUUUUUUUUCUUAUUUUCUUUGACGACUAAUCGUGGUUUAAUCAAUUAGGAUCUCUUUGUAACUGGUACUGAUACAAAUACACGUACUUUAGAAUGUGCAAUGACAUGGCUCCUCUACAACUCGGGUACAAUCACUAAAGCAAAGAAAGAGCUAGACCAAAUUAUUGGAAAAGACAAUCAUCUUCAAGAAUCGGAUAUCCCUCAAUUACCAUAUCUACAAGCAAUAGUGAAAGAAACCUUCAGGCUACACCCAACAACUCCUCUACUACUUCCUCACAAGGCAACAACAGAUGUGGAACUUCAUGGUUUUACUGUGCCCAAAGGUGCCCAAAUUCUAGUAAUUAAUUAUUUUAAUAAUAAUAUAUAAUAUAUAAAAGGUUAACAUGUUAGUUACUAUUCAUUAGUGGCUCUCACACUAAGUGAUGGCAAUGGAGCGGGGCGGGGCGGGUACCUCAAUUUCCAUGCCCCGCCCCACGCUACUACGGGGCGGGACGGGUCGACCCACUCUUACAUGUUAUUCGAAAAAAAUACAAGUAAAUUUUACUUUUUACGAUAAAACGAAGGGUAAAACAAUUUAAGAAUGAAAAAUAAUGAUAACAGAAUGAGUAAUUGAGUUUAACAAGUUGAAAGAGAGACUCUAACUAGUUGAAUAAAAGUCAAAAUAGGAGAAAUAUGUAUAAAAAUUGUAAGAAAUUGAGAUAAAAUGAGUCUAGAACGGGGCGGGGCGGGGCAGGGCGGGUCGGAUGUAGAUACCCAUGCCCCACCCCACGCUACUGCGGGUCGGGUAAUACCCGCCCCAUCGCGGGUCAGGUCGGAUAAUACCCGCGGGGCGGGUUGAAAUUGCCAUCACUACAAGUCACACUCCUUCAAGUGCAAGUGGGAAAGUUACAAGUCCUUCUUUUACCCCACACUCCAUUCUACAACUUUUGUGCUUAGUUACUGUUUGUUAGAUUUUCGUCUAUGACUUUUUGCACAAUUCAUCGCCUUUGUGUUUUGUUAUUGUUCACUUGGUUUUCGUCUAUGGUUUUUGCACAAAUCAUCGACUUUGUGUUUAGUUAUGUUCGCUAGGGUUUCAUCUAUAACUUUUUGCACAAUUCAUCGCCUUUGCCCACAAUUUUUGAGCCCAUCUUGAAAUACUGUCGGCGGAAUCCUAAGUUAUUCCCCACCACUAUUUCCCAAGGCCGCUACCCCGAGUUUUGUAUCGGGACCGAGUUUCUUCCUCUUUAAUAUUUUUUUCUUUCUUUUUUACUUUUUUGUUGAGCAUGAUCACAAUUGAACCCAAACAUAAUAUGUAAAACCUAACAUGUGAGCUACUAUUCAUUAGUGGCUCUCACACUCCUCCAACUGCAAGUCCUUCUUUUACCCCACUCUCUAUUCUACAACCUUUGUGUUUAGUUAUUGUUCGCUAGUUUUUCGUCUAUGGAUUUUUGCACAUAUCAUCGCCUUUGUGUUUUGAUAUUGUUUGCUAGGUUCUCAACUGUGGCUUUUUCACAAAUCAUCGCCUUGGUGUUUAGUUAUGUUUGCUAGGUUUUCGUCUAUGACUUUUGCACAAAUCAUCGCGUUUGGCCACCAUUUUGGAGCCCAUCUUGAAAUACUGUCUGCGGAAUCCUAAAUUGUUCCCCACCACCGUUUCCCAAGGCCGAUACCACGAGUUUUGUAUGGGGACCGAGUUUCGUCCUCUUUAGUAUUUUUUCUUUUUUUUAUUUUAAUUAUAUUGAGCAUGAUCACAAUUAAACCCAAAAAUUAAUAAAUAAAAACCUAACAUGUGUGUUACUUUUCAUUAGUGGCUCUCACACUCUUCCAAGUGCAGGUGGGGAAGUUCUAAGUCUUUCUUUUACCCCACUCUCUAUUCUACAAAUUUUGUGUUUAGUUAUUGUUCGCUAUGUUUUCGUCUAUGGAUUUUUGCACAAAUCAUCGCCUUUGGGUUUUGUUAAUAUUCUCUAGGUUUUCGUUGAUGGCUUUUUGCACAAAUCAUCGCCUAUGUGUUUAGUUAUGUUCGCUAGGUUUUCGUCUAUGGCUUUUUUUACAAAUUAUCGCCUUUGCCCGCCAUUGGAGCUCAUCUCAAAUUACUGUUAGCAGAAUCUUAAGUUGUUCACCACCACCGUUUUUCCAAGGACGCUACCACGAGUUUUGAAUCGGGACCGAGUUUAAUUCUCUUUAGUGUUUUUUUCUUACUUUUUUAUCCUUUUUGUUGAGCAUGAUUACAAUUGAACCCAAACGCAUGGGUAUACUAACUUGAACAUAAAUCAUCGCCUUUUCCCACCAUUUUGCUGCCCAUUUCAAAAUACUGUCGGUGGAAUCCUAAUAUGUUCCCCACCAUCAUUUCCCAAGGCCGCUACCACGAAUUUUGUUGCAGGACCGAGUUUCAUUCUCUUUAGUGUUUUGUUAUUGUUCACUAGGUUUUUGUUAAUAGCUUUUUGCACAAGCAAUCGCCUUUGUGUGUAGUUAUUGUUCGCUAGGUUUUUGUCUAUUGCUUUUUGCACAAAUCAUCACCUUUGUUCCCCACCACUGUUUCCCAAGGCCGCUACCACGAGUUUUGUAUCAGGACCGAGCUUCAUCCUCUUCAGUGUUUUUCCUUCUUUUUUUCCUUUUUGUAGAGCAUGAUCACAAUUGAACCCAAACACAUGUGUAUACUAACUUGAACACAAAUCAUCGCAUUUGCUCAACACUUUGCAGCCCAUCUCGAAAUACUGUCGGCGAUUGCCUAAGUUUUUUUCCCACCAUCUUUUCCCAAGGCCGCUAACACGAGUUUUGAAUAGAGAUCGCGUUUCAUCCUCUAUAGUGUAUUUUUAUUUCUCCUUUUCCUUUUUGUUCAGCAUAAUCACAAUUAAACUUAAUACCGCUACCAAAAAUCCAUACCAUAUCUACUCAAUGUUGGCGAGUUUUGUAUCGGGACAGAGUUCGUUCACUUUAGUGUUUCUUCUUUCACUUUUUCCUUUUUCUUGAGCAUGAUCACAAUUGAACCCAAAUCAAUGGGUAUCCAACCUAAUUCGAUACCGUCAAAGCGACUUGAAACCGAGUUUAGUAUUAAUAAAUUUCUCUUUUUUUCUUCUUUUGGUAGGGAAGACAGUUGAACUAGAUUCUAAGGUUUUGACGAGUGUUGUAUUGUGAGCGAUCUUUAUCUGCUUUUGUAGUUGACAGGUUGUACCAAGUGUUAAUUUGUUAAAAAAUUGUUCAAAGUGAGUUGAACACGUUGUUGACCAGUUUUAGAUCGAAAGUGAGUUUUGUAUUAAUGUUUUUUUCUUUUUCAUUUUCCUUUUCGUUGAGAAUGACAAUAUAGAUCUAACCCAUUGUUGACGCGUUUCGUAUCGAGAGCGAGUUUUAUCUUCUUUUGUAAUUGAUAGGUUGGAGAAAUUGCGAAUUUGUUGAAACUCGGUUGACCCGGUCAACGCAAGUUGAAUGCAGUGUAGAGAGUUUGGGGUCAUGAGCGGGUUUUAUCUGCUUUAGUAUUUUUUUUUAUCGUUUUCCUUUUAAUUGAGAAUGACAAUUGAAAUAAAAAUAACUUGGAUUCCGCCUAACAUUGGGUCAGAGCGCGUUUUAUCCGCUUUAAUAUAUAAAAGCCUAACAUGUGAGUUACUAUUCAUUAGUGGCUCUCGCACUAGUCCAAGUGCAAGUGGGGAAGUUCCAAGCCCUUCUUUUACCCCUCUCUCCAUUCUACAACCUUUGUGCUUAGUUACUGUUUGCUAGAUUUUCGUAUAUGAAUUUUUGCACAAAUCAUCGCCGUUGUGUUUUAUUAUUGUUUUCAAGUUUUUUCGUCUAUGGCUGUUUGCACAAAUCAUCGACUUUGUGUUUAGUUAUGUUCGCUAGGUUUUGUUCUAUAACUUUUUGCACAAAUCAUCGCCUUGGCCUACCAUUUUUGAGCCCAUCUUGAAAUACUAUCGGCGGAAUCCUAUGUUAUUCCCUACCACUAUUCCCAAAGACACUACCACGAGUUUUGUAUCGGGAUCGAGUUUUUUCCUCUUUAAUAAUUUUUUCUUUCCUUUUUACAUUUUUGUUGAGCAUGAUCACAAUUGAACCAAACAUAAUAUGUAAAAGCCUAACAUGUGAGCUACCGUUCAUUAUUGGCUCUCACACUCCUCCAAGUGCAAGUGGGAAAGUUACAAGUCCUUCUUUUACCACACUCUCCAUUCUACAACCUUUGUGUUUAGUUAUUGUUCGCUAGUUUUUUGUCUAUGGCUUUUUGCACAAAUCAUCGCCUUUGUGUUUUAUUAUUGUUCGCUAGGUUCUCAUCUAUGGCUUUUUGCACAAAUCAUCGCCUUUAUGUUUAGUUAUGCUCGCUAGGUUUUCUUCUAUGACUUUUGCACAAAUCAUCGAUUUUGGCCACCAUUUUGGAGCCCAUCUUGAAAUACUGUCUGCGGAAUCCUAAAUUGUUUCCCACCACCGUUUCCCAAGUCCGAUAUAACGAGUUUUGUAUCGGGACCGAGUUUCGUCCUCUUUAGUAUUUUUUUUCUUUUUUUUAGUUUAAUUAUAUUGAGCAUGAUCACAAUUAAACCCAAAAAUUAAUAUAUAAAAACCUAACAUGUGUGUUACUUUUAAUUAGUGGCUCUCACUCUUCCAAGUGCACGUGGGGAAUUUCUAAGUCCUUCUUUUACCCACUCUCCAUUCUACAACUUUUGUAUUUAGUUAUUAUUCGCUAAGUUUUCGUCUAUGGAUUUUUGCACAAAUAAUCGCCUUUGGGUUUUGUUAUUGUUCGCUAGUUUUUCGUUGAUGGCUUUUUGCACAAAUCAUCGCCUAUGUGUUUAGUUUUGUUCGCUAGGUUUUUGUCUAUGGCUUUUUUUACAAAUUAUCGCCUUUGCCCGCCAUUUUGGAGCUCAUCUCGAUUUACUGUUAGCAGAAUCUUAAGUUGUUCCCCACCACCGUUUUUCCAAGGCCGCUACCACGAGUUUUGAAUCGGGACCGAGUUUAAUUCUCUUUAGUGUUUUUUUCUUACUUUUUUAUCCUUUUUGUUGAGCAUGAUUACAAUUGAACCCAAACGCAUGGGUAUCCUAACUUGAACAUAAAUCAUCGCCUUUUCCCACCAUUUUGCUGCCCAUUUCAAAAUACUAUCGGCGGAAUCCUAAUAUGUUCCCCACCAUCAUUUCCCAAGGCCGCUACCACGAAUUUUGUAUCGGGACUGAGUGUCAUUCCCUUUAGUGUUUUGUUAUUGUUCACUAGGUUUUUGUUAAUGGCUUUUUGCACAAACCAUCGCCUUUGUGUGUAGUUAUUGUUCGUUAGGUUUUCGUCUAUGAAUUUUUGCACAAAUCAUCACCUUUGUCCACCAUUUUGCAGCUCAUCUCGAAAUACUAUUAGCGGAAUUCUAAGUUGUUCCCCUCCACUAUUUCCCCAAGGCCGCCAUCACGAGUUUUGUAUCAGGACUGAACUUCAUCAUCUUUAGUGUUUUUUUCCUUUUUGUUGAGCAUGAUCACAAUUGAACCCAAACACAAGGGUAUACUAACUUGAACACAAAUCAUCGCCUUUCUCACCAUUUUGAAGCUCAUCUCGAAAUACCAUCGGCAGUAUCCUAAGUUGUUUCACACCAUCGUUUCCGAAGGCCACUAACAUGAGUUUUGAAUGGAGAUCGAGUUUCAUCCUCUUUAGUGUAUUUUUCUUUCUUUUUUUCUUUUUUGUUGAACAUGAUCACAAUUAAACCCAAUAUCGCUAACAAAAAUCCAUACCAUAUCUACUCAAUGUUGGCGAGUUUUGUAUCGGGACAGAGUUCGCUCGCUUUAGUGUUUUUUCUUUCACUUUUCCCUUUUUCUUGACCAUGAUCACAAUUGAACCCAAAUCAAUGGGUAUCCAACCUAAUUCGAUACCGUCAAAGCGACUUGAAACCAACUUUAGCAUUUAUAAAUUUCUCUUUUUCUUCUUCUUUAGGUUGGGAAAACAGUUGAACUCGUAUCUAAGGUUUUGACGAGUGUUGUAUUGUGAGUGAUCUUUAUCUGCUUUUGUAGUUGACAGGUUGUACCAAGUUUUAAUUUUUUAAAAAAUUGUUCAAAGUGAGUUGAACACGUUGUUGACCAGUUUUAGAUCGAAAGUGAGUUUUGUAUUAAUGUUUUUUUCUUUUUCAUUUUCCUUUUCGUUGAGAAUGACAAUAUAGCUCCAACCCAUUGUUGACGCGUUUCAUAUCGAGAGCGAGUUUUAUCUUCUUUUGUAAUUGACAGGUUGGGUAAAUUGUAAAUUUGUUAAAACUGGGUUGAACCGGUCAAAGCAAGUUGAACGCAAUGUAGAGAGUUUGGGGUCAUGAGCGAGUUUUAUUAGCUUUAGUAUUUUUUUUUAUCUUUUUCCUUUUGAUUGAGAAUGACAAUUGAAAUAAAAAUAACUUGGAUUCCGCCUAACAUUGGGUCCGAGCGAGUUUUAUCCGCUUUAAUAUAUAAAAGCAUAACAUGUGAGUUACUAUUCAUUAGUGGAUCUCACACUCCUCCAAGUGCAAGUGGGGAAGUUCCAAGUCCUUCUUUUACCCCACUCUCCAUUCUAGAACCUUUGUGUUUAGUUAUCGUUAGCUAGGUUUUCGUCUAUGGCUUUUUUGCACAAACCAUCGCCUUUGUGUUUUGUUAUUGUUCGCUAGGUUUCUCGUCUAUGGAUUUUUGCACAAAUCAUUGACUUUGUGUUUAGUUAUGUUUGUUAGCUUUUCGUCUAUUGCUUUUUGCACAAAUCAUCGCCUUUGUGUUUCAUUAUUGUGCGCUAGGUUUCUCGUCCAUGGAUUUUUGCACAAAUCAUCCACUUUGUGUUUAGUUUUGUUCGCUAGGCUUUCGUCUAUGGCUUCUUGCACAAAUCAUCACGUUUUCCCACCAUUUUGGAGCCCCUCUCAAAAUACGGACGACGGAAUCCUAAAUUGUUCCCCACCACCGUUUCCCAAGGCCGCUACCAGGAGUUUUGUAUCGGGACCAAGUUUCAUCCUCUUUAGUGUUUUUUCUUUCAUUUUUUUCCUUUUUGUUGACAUGUGAGUUACUAUUCUUUAGUGGCUCUCACACUCGUCCAAGUGCAAGUGGGGAAGUUCCAAGUCCUUCUUUUAUCCCACUCUCCAUUCUACAACCUUUGUGUUUAGUUAUCGUUCGCUAGGUUUUCGUCUACGGCUUUUUGCACAAAUCAUCGUCUUUGCCCACCAUUUUAAAGCCCAUCUCGAAAUACUGUCGGCGGAAUCCUAAGUUUUUCCUCACCAACGUUUCCCAAGACCGCUACCACGAGUUUUGUACCGGGACCAAGUUUCAUCGUCUUUAGUGUUUUUUUGUUUCGUUUUUUCCUUUUUGUUGAGCAUGAUCACAAUUGAACCCAAACGCAUGGGUAUCCUAACUGGAACAAAAAUCAUCGCCUUUGGCCACCAUUUUGCAGCCCAUCUCGAAAUAUUGUCGGCGGAAUCCUAAGUUGUUUUCCACCAUCGUUUCCCAAGGCCGCUACCAUGAGUUGUGUGUCGGGAUCGAGUUUCAUCCUCUUUAGUGUUUUGUUAUUGUUCGCUAGGUUUUCGUUUAUGGAUUUUUUCACAAAUCAUUGCCUUUGUGUUUAGUUAUUGUUCUCUAGGUUUUCGUCUAUGGCUUUUUGCACAAAUCGACGCCUUUGUCCACUAUUUGUAGCCCAUCUCAAAAUGCUAUUGGCGGAAUCCUAGUUAUUUUCAAGAAGGAAAAGGUCAUAUACGAAAACCUAGCGAAUAAUAACAAUACACAAAGGUGAUGAUUUGUGCAAAAAGCCAAAGACGUAAACCUAACGAACAAUAACAAAACACAAAGGUUGUAGAAUGGAGAGUGAGGUAAAAGAAAGACUUGGAACUUCCCCACUUGCACCUAGAGGAGUGUGAGAGACACUAAUGAAUAGUAACUCUCAUAUUAGGCAGAAGUCAUUUUGCUACUCAUCUCGAAAUACUAUCAGCCGAAUUCUAAGUUGUUCCCUACCACGUUUCCCAAGGCUGCUACCACGAGUUUUGUAUCAGGACCGAGCUUCAUCCUCUUUAAUGUUUUUUCUUUCUUUUUUCCUUUUUGUUGAGCAUGAUCACAAUUGAACCCAAACACAUGAGUAUACUAACUUGAACAUAAAUCAUCGCCUUUGCCCACCAUUUCGCAGCCCAUCUCGAAAUACUGUCGGCGGAAUCCUAAGUUGUUUCCCACGAUUUUCAAGGCCCCUAACACGAGUUUUGUAUCGGGAUCGAAUUUCAUCCUCUUUAGUAAUUUUUUCUUUCUCUUUUUCCUUUUUGUUGAGAAUGAUCAUAAUUGAACCUAAUGCCGCUACCGAAAAUCCAUACCAUAUAUACUCAAUGUUUGCGAGUUUUGUAUCGGGACCGAGUUUCGUUUGCUUUAGUAUUUUUUUUCUCACUUUUUUCUUUUUCUUGAGCAUGAUCACAAUUGAACCCAAAUCCAUAGAUUUCCAACCUAAUUCGAUACUUUCAAAGCGACUUGAAACCGACUUUAGCAUAUAUAAAUUUCUCUUUUUUUCUUCUUUUGGUUGGGAAGACAAUUGAACUCAAAUCUAAGGUAAAGACGAAGCGCUGGACUUGGGAGAGUGGCCGCUUUGCGUAUGGAUGUCACAAGUCAUAAAAGAAAAAAAAAAGGGUCUGAGAUUCGAACCCAAGUUCUCAUUUAACUACAGUAGCGUUUUUCCACUGGGCAACGGGGAGAAACCCGCCUCAUAAUUUACAAGGAACGAGUAUUUAUCGUUUUCCCAUAGCUUACCCAUUUGCGCCAUUCCGUUUUAUAAAACAAAAAUGAAAUAACAAGUGAACAUAUUUUUUGUAUUUGUUUAUUAAUUUUCAUUGUCACAACAAAAAACAGAAAACAAAAUAGCAAGUGAACAGGGCAUAAGGUUUUGACUAGUGUUGAGGGAGCUUUAUCCACUUUUGUAGUUGGCAGGUUGGACCAAGUGUUAAUUGUAACACCCCGAACCUUUUUCCGACAAGAUACUGUCCGCUUUGGGCAUCUACACCCGCACGGAUUUCGACUUGGGGUGCAAUUCAAGGUGACUUCCCAUAAGGUCACCCAUCCUUGUUGUACUCCACACUGAGCACGUUUAACUUCGGAGUUCUCACAAGAACUCUUCCAUUACACCCCAAAACGCGUCUGGUCAGUUAAGGCCGGUUUCCUACUUAUGAACCAUGGUCAAAGCGAGUUGAACGCAGUGUUGAGAGUUUGGGUCAUGAGCGAGUUUUAUCUGAUUUAGUAUUUUUUUUUAUCUUUUUCCUUUUGAUUGAGAAUGACAAUUGAGUCCGAACGUAUGGGUAUACAACCUAAUUCGACCCGACCAAAGCGACUUGAACUUGAUUUUACAUGUUUUAGGCUGGAGCGAGUUUUAUUUGUUUUUGUAAUUGGCGUGUUGUGUCAGGUGUGAAUUUUCCAAAAACUCGGUCCAUCCAGGUCAAAGCGAGUUGAACCUGGUGUUGAAGAGUUUUGAGUCGAUAGCAAGUUUUAGCUUUAUUGUUUUUCAUUUCGCUUUUUCUUUUGUUUGAGAAAGACAAUUAAACCCAUAUCCAUGGGUAUCCAACCUAAUUUGACCCGAUCAAUGCGAGUUAAACCUCCUCAAACCUUCAAUCGGUCCAAAAAUUUCAUAAAGGAGAACUAAAAUUAAUGCGCUCUCUUCACGGGUUGUGUUUGCAGUUUGUGUGCAGGUAGUGCAUGGCUCAUAGCUAGUCGGGAGAUCUACUGCCAUUAGACCAAGAGAUUAAAAGGACCUGUCGCAACUUUAAGAGAGCUUUGAAGGCGCGAAUGGCUAUAGAGGAUGCUCUAGUGUAGCUGAACAUCAACCAGGAGGAGGAAAUGGGUGAAUUCAACGCUGACGGGGCGUUUGUCCCUGAGGAGCAUACCAUGGGAUAGUACUGGACCGCCAGAGCCGCAGACAUGAGGUCCACCAUCCAACACCCACAAGUUGCUGUCAGCAACUUUCAAGUGAUCACCUCUGUUAUCACCAUGUUGCGAGGUUUAGUGGUGUUCCAUGGGAAGGCAGAAGAGUGCCCUUGAGCGCACCUACGGUGAUUCCACGAGCUGAUAGAAGGAAUCAAGAUUAAUGGGGCCCCUCAUGACGUCAUUCGGUUGUGUUACUUUCCUUUCACUUUGGAGGGACAUGUCAAGAUGUGGUUGGACAACCGGGCCCUGGGGUCAAUCACGACAUUCACCGACCUGUCCAACAAAUCCUUGACCCGCUAUCAUCCGUAGUCUAAGACAGCAGACUUGCAGAAGGAGAUUCCACAUUUUGCUCAUGAGGAGGAUGAAACCAUUCGGGAUGCUUAGGAGAGAUGUACCAGUCUCUUCCUAAAGUUUUCCAAUCAUGGUAUUAAUGACGCCAUUAAGGUGGGCACCUUCUAUGACGUUGUCUUCCCUGAAGACAAGCAGCUGAUUGACUCAGCCUGUGGCAAGAACAUGCUGACAAAGACACUACUCUAGUUGGACCAGCUGUUUGACGAAAUGGCAGAGCAGGGCUAUGAUUGGGAGUCUCCUAUGAGGUAUAGGAGAGCACCAGGCUGGGAUGUGCAUGCCGUGGAAACCCAGUCAUAUGAGUUGGUGCUAGUUGUCUCUAAACUGGUCAUGCAACUCGAUAAAAAUGGGAUGGUUUCCGGGACAGGACAGGAUCAGGCCAUGCAUUGCAAUGGUGAGAGAGUAGCCACCAAAUGGUGGAAGACUGUCAGGCGAUGAGGGAGUCUACUACACCCCAAAAGUAGGUGGACUUCAUCGGCAAUGCUCGGCAUUUUGACCGUCACAGUAAUACCUAUAACGGGGGGUGGCGCCCACAUCCUAAAUUUUCUUGGGGUAGUAGUAAUCCUAAGCCACUAGUCACCCAAUGACCACCCGGUUUUCAGAGACUGCCAUACCAGCCAAAACAAUGGCAGUUCCAGCGACAACAACAAUUUCUCUAUCCGUCCAUACAGGGGCAAGCUCUUCCUCAGCCGCAUCCGAGUCCAUUUCAGCAGCCAGGCACAGUUCGUGCAGCCUCGGUGCAAGACGAUGCGAUGGCUGAACUGCGGGAUUUGGUGGGUUUGGCCUCAAGUAAAUUUCUAGCACUUGA